UGAAACUCUUUUUUUAAUGGCUAAGAAUAAAAAUGUUUGAAUAAGCGCAUAAAAAAUGAAAACAAACCAAAUAUCUUGGGCUUGAUAGGAUAAAUGAUCAAUUAAUUAGUUAAUCAAUCACGCAUUAUAUUGUAUUUCCUUGUUUUAUAAUAAGUAAAUACAGUCUAGUUUAAAAUAACUAGUGUAACUAGUAUAUAAUUGACAAAUAGUUUUGUGGUGUAGCCUAAACUAUUAUCAACUAUUAUCAUAAAGUUCUUUAGGCUACACCUGAGUGCUGGAACAUUAUUGAGGUGUUUCAGUUUCUGUUUAUUAAACACACAAACCAUCUUGCUCUUAAAGAAAAUCAGAAUUAAACUAAACUUAAAUUGUAACUAAAUCAAGUGAGUUUUGGACCAUGUUUCUUUUUUAUAGGCCUAUGGGAAUCACAGGAGGUUGGUGGCACCUUAAUUGGGAGGACGGGCUUGUGCUAAUGGCUGGAAUAGAAUAGCUGGAAUGGUUUCAAAUACCAUUCCAUUUACUCCAUUCCAGCUAUUAUUAUGAGCAGUCCUCCCCUCUGCAGCCUCCACUGGUGGGAAUUGCAUUCAAGCACCCUGUUAUUGCCUUACGAAAUAAGCAACACAAUCUCACAUUCAAUUCGUGCAAAUAUGUACAAAAAGUAAUUCAGCAGAUUUCGUGCAUUUUUGUGUGAAAAUACACACAUUUUUGUGCGACUUAAUUCGUAGGAAAAGACACACUUUUGUGUGACUUCAUUUAUAGUUUGCCCCCCCAAAAAAAUACCUUUUUGGGGGCAAACUUCCAAGCAAUCUUUUUAAAGUUAUUAGAGCAAUGCAUUUUGGUAAAUGUUCUUUUACGCAGCCUUUGUAUGUGUUCCACAUAAAACAAACGUGUUAACAACCCAAUAUUGUUCAUCAACCAGGUUUUAUUAAUGCCAAUGCUGUUUUCUAUGCUUGUUUUUGCUUAAUAAUUGUAUAAUGGUGCUAAGCCGCACAAAAUCUGCUGAAAUACUUUUUGUAGAUAUUUGCAUGAAUUGAGUGUGAGAUUGUGUUGCAACAGGAUAGAAUAGGGCCGACAUAUGCAGCUCUUAACAAAUGCAGUCUCAGCUAAAGCGGGAACAUUGCCUUUAAAUUUAAAUUAUGAUGUAAAGCUGAACUUCUGUGAUGCGGAUUAAUACCUCUAAUACAUGUCUAGACAGCCACUUGUUAAGCAUAGCCUAGGUCUAAUGUUGCGUUCAUAACCAAGUGGGAAAGCAUUUUUGGCAGUUAAAUAAAAAAACAAAACAUUAUUUAUAAAAAAAUAUUUAAGAAUAUGGCUUUUGAACACUAUGAUUUGUUUACAAGCAUAAUAGCUGUAAUUGUAGUUUAUGGUUGACACAGCUUGUGGACAAUUAGCAUCCAACUGGUAUUUCCAACAUCACAACUGGUAAUUACCACCUUUCCACUUAAUUAUGGAUGCAGCAUUACAUAUUCCACAAACAUGGUUUAUUAUUCUGUGGUGGAGAAAGCCCCAUAAGUAGACUGGGCACCAGUCUGUUUGUGUCAUCAUGCCACUCCUUGUCAUGGCAAACAGCUGACAUGAUAGCACAAACAUACUGUAUCUGGGACCAGGCUACCGCAGAGACACAAUUAUGUGUGACCUGCAUACUUUUGGUAUGAGACAAUAUAAGUUUGCCACUUGUAGUCUAUUGUAGGCCUACUACAUAUACCAGUAGAUACAGUACAUACUGAAUGACCGCAGUAAUUCCGGAGUAAUACCAAACUUUGCAUCUGCACUGUUCUUCAAGAAAAGGUGUUUUUGUAAAGUUCUCAGUGGAAAUUGUUAUAAGUAGUCCUUGUGCAUAGAGUUGUAUGGUUUGCUUAACUUUGCAAUAAUUUGUUUGACUUACAUUUUAAAGUGCCAUUUUUUUGUCUCAGUGUCACUCUGUUACAGUGGAAUUGCCCAUAGGCUACCAGUGCCAAUUCUGUCUGCUUGUUGCUAAAACGUAUUGUGCUUGCAAUUAUUUUCAGAACCAUGAGGAUCCUCUUCAGAAACCUACGCCUCAGUAGAUGGUCCAUUGUCAUUGGGACUGCGUUGGUGUCAUUGAUUGGUGUCAUCUUUAUGACGAUGGACGUCAAUGUCUCACUAACAUAUAGGGGAGAGCUCAGAGUGUGGCGUAAGAACCACACAGGUUGGCAUUGGAACACCUCUGCCUCCACCACACCACUGCUGUCACAGCCUACUGUGGAUGUUUUCAAGUGCUCCCUCAAUGACAGCAUGCAGAAUAUUCCGUCCUCUGUCCCACCUGCCCACCGUAACUUCCUCAUGUAUAAACACUGCAGGACAUUCCCCCGCCUGCUGUCUCCAACACCCUGUGAGAAUGACCUUUUUCUCCUGCUGGCCAUUAAGUCCACAGCCAUCCAGGUGGAUCGCAGGAUUGCGCUCCGGAGCACUUGGGGGAAGAGGGGAUAUGUUCAGGGUAAAAGGGUGAAACUGUUGUUCUUAGUAGGUAAGUCGUUAGACAGAAUACAGGGAUUCCUGCUGCAGCAGCUACUGGAGUGGGAGAGCAGGCAGUUUGGAGACAUCCUGCAAUGGGAUUUUGAGGACAGUUUUUUCAACCUGACCCUGAAGGAGGUCCACUUCCUGAACUGGUUCACCUUGGAGUGCCAGUGGGCCCACUUUGUGUUCAAAGGGGACGAUGACGUUUUUGUUCACACAAGCAAUCUGGUUGAAUAUGUUAAAGGCCACAAGCCCUCUGAGCAACUCUUCGCUGGUGACAUAAUUUCAAGAGCCUAUCCAAUCCGGCACAACCAAUGGAAGUACUUCAUACCAGAGGAGAUGUACCCCAACAAGCCAUAUCCUCCAUACGCUGGCGGUGGGGGCUACCUGAUGUCACGUCAGACUGUGCUGAGCCUGGGAAUAGCAGUGUCCAGCACUGACCUCUUCCCCAUUGAUGAUGUCUUUGUGGGCAUGUGCCUGCAGAAGAUUAAUGUGACGCUGACACACCACUCUGGCUUCAGAACCUUUGGGUUCCAUCAGGUGGUGUCACAUUUCAACCCCUGCAUUUACAGGGAGAUCAUGCUGGUGCACAAACUGAAUCCCACCGAGAUGUGGACCAUGUGGUCUCUACUGCAGGACACAAAGCUGAAGUGCUUUAGAUUAAGGAUAUGAGGCAUCAGGUGUUGUGUGUAUCUUGCUGUACUUGUCUGUCUCACUACUGUAAAAUAAGCAUUCCUUUCAUAGAGAAAUUAUUCUUAUAAAUGGUCAAAAAUAGCUUAUUUUCCUUCAUCGAUAUUUAUAUUUGAAGUAUUCUGACAUAUUGGCUUUACUGUGUAUUCAGUUCAGCAAAGAUGGUGUACGAGCUCUACGGAGAUUUGAUACUUUUGACAAGGAAGUUUGUAGAAUGUUUCUUGGGUUCUAGGAAGGUCGAACAGAAACUUUAAAAACAGGUCUAGUGGGUUACAGAGAUACUGAUGGGUAACAAACUUCAGAGGUACUGAUGGGUAACAAACAGGUCUAGUGUGCUGUGGGGGAGGGGAGCUGUGGUGUACAAUUAUUAUAAACAAUCAAUUGUUUGAGGGAGCAGUGAUGAACUUGUCUACUAUAGCUGAAAUCUGUGGAUUGUAAAUGUAGAUUUAAAUGUGAUGUCAUAAUGCUUUCUGAAACAUGUGGUCCAGGGUUUUGUCAGUUUCUAUUCAGGUGAACUCUAUUGCAUAGCGGGGCCAGUACUUUCUUAUGAUGAAGUAGAUUGUGUAAAGAAAAUAUAAGAGAACAAAAUUAAAAGAAAUACUGUAAUAUGAAA